GAAAACGUUGAAUCAUGGCUGCUUCUGCUCUCAGCAGUAGCCCACACAACAUGCAGAAAUGCUGCGAGCAGCCGUCCUUACAGAACAGAGAGAUUAUAAAACCCUCGAUAACAGAACUCAGCAGAGAAGUACGCACCAACAUCCUGUGUACUGUAGAGGGAUGCGGGAAGAUUCUGCCCAACACUCCAGCACUGAACAUGCAUCUGGUAAAAUCUCACAGGGUUAAGGAAGGUCUGGUUAAUCCUACAAUCAGGAAAGACUUGAAAGCUUCACAGAAGAUCUACUGUUGCCCAGUAGAAGGCUGCCCAAGGGGACCAAAAAGACCCUUCUCCCAGUUUUCACUUGUUAAACAGCACUUUAUGAAGAUGCAUGCAGAGAAGAAGCACAAGUGUUUGAAGUGCAGUAAUGGCUACAGCACAGAGUGGGAUUUGCGGCGACACACUGAGGAUUGUGGGAGGACAUAUAGCUGUACAUGUGGUUGUCCUUAUGCCAGUAGAGCAGCACUGCUGUCUCAUACCUACAGAACAGGUCACGAGGUUCCUAAAGAGCACAGGUAUCCACCUGUAAAAAAGAGGAAAAUGGAAAGAUUGGCAAAAAACGCAACAAACAUUUUGCCCAACGAACAAAUGUAUGAAAUGCCAGACUCUGAGAAAAAAAGUCUCAAUGAAGAAACAGUUUCUACUGAAUGGGUCUCUGAAGUCCCAGACACCGCACGACACAAACGUAACUACCCAAGAAAUAUUCAGAAGCUCCUACUCCCCAAACCCAAAGUAGCUCUAGUCAAUGUUCCUGUCAUGCAACUUACACAUCUGCCCAUCCUCCUUCCCUCUACAGAAAGUAGUGCUGUGAGAUCAUUGGUCUUGGCUGUAGAUGCGCAAGGGUCUGUUAGCACUGUGCACCUUUUACAACCGUCAGUUCUGAAUUUCAAAGACACUUUCCCUGUACCUAGAUCUUGCCCUGAAACCAUUAGCACAGGAAUACAGGUCAAUCUUGAGGACCCUGCCUUCGUUGGAGAUCUAGUUAUCCAUCUUGAAUCUAGCGGCAAAGACACUUCUACAAACAUUCAAACGGAUAUCUCAAACCUUAACAGGGCCAGCACGGAAGCUGGACCAGUGAAUGUUCCCCCCAGCUGUGAGGCCUCUGUGUCAUCUUGCUCUCAAACAGACAUCAGUGUGAGCGCUCAAAUUCAGCUGCCUGUCAGUGUGCAAACCCAGACAUUACCCUCUCGGAUCAGAGCCUUGUCCUCCAUUGGAGCACAGACAGAUGUUUAUAGUUUCUCUUCUGCCAAUGUGAACCGAGAAACACAGACAAGCUCUUCUGCUGUAGCCCCAUUUGAUAAAAGCCAGUUGAACCAGGCUAUGUGCACAGAUCUUUUCGAUACUGGUACACUUAAUGUCUCCACUCAGACAUCAACAUUUAAUUCUUCUUUCAGAACCAGUGGUUUGGAGGAUCCCCUGGCCAACACUGAUGCUGGACUUUUUGAAGACAAGACUGCCUCAUCCAUGUGUUUUAGGGCCCAGAAUGACAUUUUACACCAAAACACAGUGGCAGACAACCAGACUCAGACUAUGAUACUUUUCAGAGACCUUGAGAACAUCCUUUCAGACAGCCUGGGUACAGUAUCUUCAAGCUGUACUUCAGGUUUGGUUUCUGUGCAUGAACCACAACAUGCUAGUAUUGACUUUGAUUUUGAGGAGUUCCUUAAUGCAGCACACAUUCAGACUCAGACAGAAGAAAGUGGCUUAAACGCAGAAACAACUUUGGAACUCUUAGAUAUUGAGACACAGACUGACUUUCUGCUCUUUGACAACCUGGGUGAUGGACACAAUAGUGAUGUGGCAACAAGGGUGCAACCAAAUGAUCUGGAGCUUGAGAUGUUUGAUACCCAGACCCAGACAGACCUCAACUUCCUAUUAGAAACAAGUGGGCACAUGCCCCUCAGCAACAUCCUCAGGCAAACUAGUUUCAGUAUAAGCACAGAGUCCUCGGACACAGAGACACAAACUGACAUUAGGCCCGAACUGCUGCCCCUGCCCUGCACUCAUGAAGGACAGGCCAGACUAAGUAGCGCCAAAACCCAGACCAUCUCCAGUUCGUUUACUAGUCUGGGACACCGCUUCCACACUAGUAACGAGACCCAAACAGCAGUGGAUGACUUUCUUUCAGCAGAUUUGGCUUGGAACGUGGAGUCUCACUUUAGCUCGGUGGAAACGCAGACAUGUGAGGAGCUUAUUUCACUGUUUCCAAAUGCUGGGAAAUCAAAAAGCUGAGGGCUCUAUCAAAGUGGUGGUUGUUAUUUGACUAAGAUUAUGGAAGAGUCCUUUCUGUCAUUUCCUACAGCAUAGGUGGUAGAGCUGCAUGCUCUAAUUCAGCAUGCUUGUAAAAAUUUCGACACUCAUAAAUAAGGUAAUGUAUAUGGAUGUUUCUUAAAGAUGUUUGCAUAAGCAUUGCAGCACUUCACUUCAGCGUCAUUAUGUAGUUUAUUUUCAUUGCAGGCAUAUUACCUUGUAUUUGUUCAAUGAGGAUGGUUAACAGACUCUAGUUUGGAUGCUUUGUUGGUACUACAUUUUCUCUGUGAUCCAAUUAAAGAAAUCAGAUGUGAUCAUUAUAUAAAAUUAUUUAAAGGCUCUGUUCUGCGGUUAUACUUUAAUGUCAGUUGUUGUUUAGUCUAAUAGUCAUUGUGGGUGUUUUAUUGUCAUUGAACUGUUUGCUUGUAUAAAGCAGACUUUUGUGUUUAUUAGUACUGUACAAUGCUUUAGACCAAUCUAGUUGUUGACACUGAAUACAUUUUGUUUCUUGGUCUUGCAUACUGUAAUUUUUUUGCAUACUGUUUUGUCAUCAGAACUUUAAUUAUCGUACAUCAUAGAAUCAGUUGAUAAUGCACACUUGCAUGUUUCAUUUUCUUUUAAAAACGCAGUUUACUAUGAUUUGCAUUCUGUACUGUAUUGUAUUUAAAUAUGAAAAUUGCACUUGUUUACAGUAAACAAAAAUCAUAUUACCUUGAAAGCAUGUAUUAUAAUGUUGUCAAUUUUCAGUAUUGAGUUUACCCAUCUUAAAAAAGGGAUAGUUCAUAAAAAUUCUGUAAUUUAUUCACCCUCCUGUCACGUUGCACUCUUCCGCAGGCAGAGUAUGGGCGUGGCUGUGACUUAGAGUGUGGUUGUAACUGCUAUGAAGCUGCUCAGGUAGCAGCAGCAGUAGAUCGGUUAAGAGAUGUUCUACUAUUAAAAUAAUGUCUCUAAAAUUAUGUCAGGUGUUGCUUUAAUAAAAAAGCAUAAUAACCUUCCAUGUUUUGUUAGGUUUGUGUGUGCGUGUUUACUUGGUAAUGCAGUUUUAUCUUUGAGUGUUAUAAAAUCACCAGCGUUUUCACUACUCCUAAAACUUAAUUGACAAAAAAGCGCCUUUGUUAUGCUAUGUGUUAUUUUAACUAAAUACCCUAGUUAUUUGUACUCUUGUACUGUAUAUAAUGAAAUUUUUGCAACAUGAGAAUGUCAGUAAUCACUGUAGCAUUGUGAUGCUUCCUUAGCAAAACUGUGGGUCACAGUCAUGGCACCACCAACUGGCAGCAGGAACAACACUUUAAAAUAGGUCCUUGAAAUGUACCCACUUAAAUGCACAUACCCUGUACAUUGUUUUCUGAGGGUCCCUGUGUAGCGAGACCACGGUAGUGCUUGGGCCUGUUAUCACUGCUUGCAGUUAUUUAUAAUGAUGAAUUUCCUAGUUUUUAAGUCAUAAGUGAGUUUUUUUAAGGUUCCCGUUUGCUGCUUUCCGAAGAGUAGCACGAAUAGCAAUAGCACUGUUCAAACCCCCAGCGACUAGCAGCUCCGAUCUCAUUCAUUUCAAUGGAGAGUCGCCAACACGAGCGACAGUGGACAUGCCCACUUCCUGUCACCAAUAGUCACUGUCUGUCGGGAGUCAAGCGACAAAAGUUAAGAAUUGUUCGACUUUUACGAGUGACUACCAAUUGUAGUACACCAGUGGAGCUCACGUCAUCCAUCUCCGUUCAGUUUCUGGACGGUUUGUUUAAACUGUUUCUAGGACAACCAAAGCUAGGAACGCCUUCUAACAUUUGCACAGCAAGAGACAAGCGACACACAGCGACUUGGGCCCUGUCCAAGGGUACAUGGGAGUGCAUUUUGGGACAGACUUAAGGUCAUCACGCCAGAAAGAGCAAGCUGUGCUUUCUAAUCACUCUCGCGGUACUUUGUCAUACGCUGAUCAGUCUACGCAGCGCCACAUAAAGUCGACCACACUUGUUGUCAUAUGCUGAUCAGUCUACGCAGCGCCGCGUAAAGUCGAUCACACUUGUUGUCCCAUUGUUGUUAUUUGGGACAGGAGCUGCCGGUUUUUAUAGUUCUGUAUUUCAUAUGUUGAUGCCACCCAAGCAUUAUGCAAUAGAUACUUAUGUUUGUAAUGCAACUGCUUAUGUAUGUUUAUUGAUUUGUAUACACUAUACUUAAUGUGCAUAAUGUGUUCUUAAUAUGCAUAUACAGUGUCUCACAGAAGUGAGUACACCCCUCACAUUUUAGUGAAAUUUUAUUAUAUCUUUUCAUGUGACAACACUGAAGAAAUGACACUUUGCUACAAUGUAAAGUAGUGAGUGUACAGCUUAUAUAACAGUGUAAAUUUGCUGUCCCCGCAAAACAACUCAACAAACAGCCAUUAAUGUCUAAACCGCUGGCAACAAAAGUGCACCCCUAAGUGAAAAUGUCCAAAUUGGGCCCAAAGUAAUAUUUUGUGUGGUCACCAUAAUUUUCCAGCACUACCUUAACCCUCUUGGGCAUGGAGUUCACCAGAGCUUCACAGGUUGCCACUGGAGUCCUCUUCCAUGACGACAUCACGGAGCUGGUGGAUGUUCGAGACCUUGCACUCCUCCAUCUUCCGUUUGAGGAUGCCCCACAGAUUCUCAAUAGGGUUUAGGUCUUCACAUUUACCCUCAGCUUCUUUAGCAAGUCAGCGGUCGUCUUGGAGGUGUGUUUGGGGUCGUUAUCAUGUUGGAAUAUUGCCCUGCGGCCCAGUCUCCGAAGGGAGGGGAUCAUGCUCUGCUUCAGUAUGUCACAGUACAUGUUGGCAUUCAUGGUUCCCUCAAUGAACUGUAGCUCCCCAGUGCCUGCAGCAUUCAUGCAGCCCCAGACCAUGACACUCCCACCACCAUGCUUGACUGUAGGCAAGACACACUUGUCUUUGUACUCCUCACCUGGUUUCUGCCACACAUGCUUGACACCAUCUGAACCAAAUAAGUUUAUCUUGGUCUCAUCAGACCACGGGACAUGGUUCCAGUAAUCCAUGUCCUUAGUCUGCUUGUCUUCAGCAAACUGUUUGCGGGCUUUCUUGUGCAUCAUCUUUAGAAGAGGCUUCCUUCUGGGACGACAGCCACGCAGAAAAAUUUUAUGCAGUGUGCGGCGUAUGGUCUGAGCAUUGACAGGCUGACCCCCCACUCCUUCAACCUCAGCAGCAAUGCUGGCAGCACUCAUACAUCUAUUUCCCAAAGACAACCUCUGGUUAUGACGCUGAGCAUGUGCACUCAACUUCUUUAUUCGAUAAUGGCGAGGCUUGUUCUGAAUGGAACCUGUCCUGUUAAACCGCUGUAUGGUCUUGGCCACCGUGCUGCAGCUCAAUUUCAGGGUCUUGGCAAUAUUCAUAUAGCUUAGGCCAUCUUUAUGUAGAGCAACCAUUCUUUUUUUUCAGAUCCUCAGAGAGUUCUUUACCAUGAGGUGCCAUGUUGAACUUCCAGUGACCAGUAUGAGAGAGUGAGAGCGAUAAUACCAAAUUUAACACACCUACUCCACAUUCACACCUGACACCUUGUAACACUAACAAAUCACAUGACACCGGGGAGGGAAUAACUAAUUGGGUCCAAUUUCAACAUUUUCACUUAGAGUUGUACUCACUUUUGUUGCCAGCGAUUUAGACAUUAAUGGCUGUGUGUUGAGUUAUUUUGAGGGAACAGCAAAUGUACACUAUUAUACAAGCUGUACACUCACUACUUUACAUUGUAGCAAAGUGUCAUUUCUUCAGUGUUGUCACAUUAAAAGAUAUAAUAAAAUAUUUACAAAAAUGUGAGGUGUGUACUCACUCUUGUUAUUUAAUAUUUCUCUAUAAUACAGAAGCCGUUGUUCUGCUUUACAAAGUCCAACUAGAUAUAAAUCACUGCAUUAAAAGUUUGUAUUCUUGAAUAGCUGGCUUAAUAGAAAAUAAGCAAUAAUGUGAAUAAGAAUUAAUUAAUUCGAAAUUUUAUCAAAACAUUAAUUUAAAAAUGUAUCCGUCAUGUUUAUGUGCAGUAUACAGUGCUCAGCGUAAAUAAACCCCCUUUGAGAAGUAACAUUUUAAACAAUAUCUCAAUGAACAAAAUCAAUUUCCAAAAUGUUGACAAGACUAAGUUUUAUAUAUAAUCUGUUUAACUUAUAACAUAAGGUUUAUAAUAUAACUUAGAGAACAAAAUUUUCAGUUUUACUCAAAUUAGGGUGAUGCAAAAAUGAGUACACCCCACUGAAAGUCUCUGGAGCAAAGCUAAAUUUUAGACUACAUAGUAUGUGUAAUUUAACAAGAAUUCAACCACUGUGAUUUUCUGAGCCCUUUUCCUCACUCUGGAUGUAUACAGUUCUUGGAGGGUGGGCAGGGGAGCACCAAUGAUCUUUUCAGCAGUCCGAACCGUCCUCUGUAGUCUUCUGAUGUCUGACUUUGUGGCUGAGCCAAACCCCAGACAGUGAUGGAUGAGGACAGACUCUAUGACAGCUGAGUAAAAGGGGGUUUCUCCUGAAGUCCACAAUCUUCUCCACUGUUUUAAGUGUGUUCAGCUCCAAGUUGUUAUGACUGCACCAGACAGCCAGCUGCUCAGCCUCCUGUCUGUACGCAGACUCAUCACCAUCCUGGAUGAGGCCAAUGAGUGUGGUGUCAUCUGCGAACUUCAUAAGUCUGACAGAAGGGUCCUGGGCAGUGCAGUCAUUUGUGUACAGGGAGAAGAGCUGUGGGGAGAGAACUCACCCCUGGGGGGCGCCAGUGCUGAUUGUGCGGGUGCUGGAUGUGAGUUUCCCCAUUCUCACUAACUGCUGCCUGUCUGUCAGAAAGCUGGUGAUCCACUGACAGAUAGAGCCAGGAACAGAUAGCUGGGUUAACUUUGUCUGGAGCAGUGAUGGGAUGAUGGUGUUGAAAGCAGAGCUGAAGUCCACAAACAGGAUCCUCACAUAGGUCCCUGGUCUAUCCAGAUGUUUCAGGACAAAAUGCAGCCCCAUGUUAACUGCAUCCUCAACAGACCUGUUUGCUCUGUAGGCAAACUGCAGGGGGUCCAGUAAGGGUUCUGUGAUGUCCUUCAGAUAAGCCAGUACCAGUCUCUCGAAUGACUUCAUGACCACAGAUGUGAGAGCGACGGGUCUGUAGACAUUCAGUCCUGUGAUUUUGGGUUUCUUUGGGAUGGGGAUUAUGGUGGAGCACUUGAAACAGGAAGGAACUGUGCACAGCUCCAGUGAUCUGUUGAAGAUCUGAGAGAAGAUGAAGGCCAGUUGAAUAGCACAGCUUUUAAGACAGGCUGGGGAGAUACCAUCUGGGCCUGGUGCUUUUCUUGUCUUUUGUUUCCUAAAGACUCUGCACACAUCCUCUUCACUGAUCUGAAGUGCAGGAGGUGGGGUGACUGAAGGUGAUAGGUGUUGUGUAGAGAGAAUGUCAGAGUUGGUGUGAGGUGUAAAGUUAGCAUUUUCAAAUCUGCAGUAAAAGUCAUUCAGAUCAUUGACCAGGUGUUGAUUGCCUGCAAAAUUGGGGGAUGGUGGCUUGUAGUUGGUGAUGUCUUUAAGGCCUUUCCACACAGACGCAGGGUCGUUGGCUGAAAACCGGUUUUCCAACUU